CUCAAGAUGGCAAUUUGGGGAAUGAGGCGCGCUGGUCCGGCAUUAGAGAGAGGACCCAAACCCAACAGCAGCUGCACAAACUGACUAGGUGAGAACGCAAUGGGUCUUGCAUAAACCCCCAAAAAUAUGCAACAUUACAAUAACUACAGGGACAACAGCACGCCAAACCUGGAAUUGCAUUGCAGGGACAAGGAAAAAUCUAGCCCUAAGAUUGGUUACGGCACGUGUGUACAACUGUAGGUUUGGUGGUAGGAUACUCUCAGCUGCCGUAGGUUGGUUGCAGCACAUGACUUAACCGCUGAUUUCUGGGCCGUAUUUACCGGAGUCGCACAUGGCACACUCAGUACUGGACAGCAUGGAUCCAAGUAGCUCAAUUCGAGUGGAACAUGACAGAAAAAGAAGGCAAUUUUCUGUCCGGCUAAAUGGUUGCCAUGAUCGAGCUGUCCUUUUAUAUGAAUAUGUGGGGAAAAAAACUGUGGAUCUGCAACACACUGAAGUUCCAGAUGCCUUCAGAGGGAGAGGGAUAGCCAAACAUCUUGCUAAGGCUGCCAUGGACUUUGUCGUUGAAGAAGACCUGAAGGCUCAUUUGACCUGCUGGUAUAUUCAGAAAUAUGUGAAGGAAAAUCCACUUCCUCAGUACCUGGAACGUUUGCAGCCUUAAUCUGGAUUUCUCUGAGAUUUAUUUUAUACACCAGCAUACUAAACCCACUGAACAGACACUGGGAUUAGGGAAGCUCAGGGAGGAGAGAUCAAAGAACCCUUCAGUCUUAGCCAUGAAUGCAGCAAAGGGAACUUUUUGUAUAUGAGUAAAUGCAAGUACAAAUGUUUUAAUACCACCUUAAACAUUUUUCAGAUUAUUCUUUUAAGUAGCCAUUUUAGGGUGCAUCUCUAGUCUCUGAUAAGAUUUGUUGAAUCGGCUUUGCUUCAUGUGGGAAAAGCCCUGGAUUUUCUCUCUUCUGCUCUUGGCUGCGCCUUCAGGGAUUCCACAUGGCAUUUCCAUUAAAGGAACGUAAGAGAGACAACUCUGAAGUCUUCGAAAGCAGAUAUGUUAAGAUGCAAAUUCUAAAUUAAUGCCAGGAAUAAGCAGAAACAUGUGAAUAUGCAUAAAAAAAAAUGGCGUUGGACCCGAACAUUCCAGAAAAUAACAUACUGUAUAAAACUUUGUUUGUAUUCACUUUAAACCCUUCUUAAUUGUUGAUAUUCUGUUAGAUGAUACAGAAUCCUGCAGUUUUAAGGCUUUUUUGCAGAAACCCAGUGGAUUUUCUUACUAGAAAUUCAGGUUAAUUGAAAAAAAAUCCCCUUUGUCUCCUUUUUCUUACCAUCAUGACAUACCUCAUGUUUUUUAUUUAUUUGUUCGGAGGAGAUGAAAUUGAAGGUUGAAGGGUUUUGUAUAAGCGUGUGAGGUAUUGACCAACAUUUUGCUAUUGUCUACUUUUUGGCAGCCAUCAUACAGUUUUUUGGUAAAAAUGUCUUUUUAAUUGCUACUCCUCUUCCCUACCCCCUAAUACAGGGAGGGGUUUGCAUUUAAGUUAAUGGCAAGAACAUAAUUUAUGCACACUUCACCAUUGUUCAUGGAAGUUUAGUAUAUGUAAUCUCAGUUUCGCAAAGUGUCCCUAAGAUGAUAAAUAAUGUGACUUGCUAUGCAGUCUCUAAACUCUGCUUAGCAGGCCCAUCUAAUCUGCACUGAUGUUUGGACUCCUGCUGCUAUUCAGAGGUUGCACAUUUGCACCCUGUUGAAGAACAAUAUAUCGGCAGGCCUCUGAAAUAAGCAUUUAUGUCUCAGAUAGGCUUAUAAAAAAUGUUGAAAGCUAUAUUAUGUUUUAUUUACUGCUUUCUUUAAAAAAAAAAAAAAAUUUAAUUUCACUUGACUGUACGUGAAUAGAUUUAAAGUUGCAUUGAUUGGUGUGAAAGACAAAGGACAGAGAAUCUGAUCUGUGUCAGGGUGGUGGGCAUAUAACAGUUUAAAUAACCCAUUAUUUAGGAUUUCAAAUGGCUGUAAAAUUAAUGCUUUUGGUAAGAUAUGCAUGAUACUACUUCCUGUCACAAUAAAACAUUUUAUGUGAAUAUCAUGGCAUUUUAUCCCCCCCCCUUUUUUUUUUUUUAAAUACUUUUGUGCUACUAUUCUUAAAGUGAAUGUGAUAUUUCUGAUUAAAUAUUGUAAAUUCUGCAUCUCAAA